CGCAGAGCGAAGCUAUCAUCUGGCGACCAUUCUCGAGUCUGUCUGUCCAACUCUAGAGUGAGAAGACUAUACAUACAGAAAUAUAGAUAUAUAGAGAGAGAGUAAAAGAAGAAGAAGAGGACGACAUCAUCAAUGGAUCCAUGUCCGUUCGUUCGUCUGAUAAUCGAAUCGCUUGCUCUGAAACUACCCUUGUCCACUAAACCAGCCGGUUCAGGUGUUUACCCCGCAACGACGCCGUGUUACUGCACUCUCCGGUUCAAAAACUUUCCUUCCCAAACUGCCCUCCUCCCUCUCUCCUCCGCCGCCGCCACCGACACUUGUCCGCCCUCCUCCGCCGCCUCCUCCUCCGGCUUCCACCUCGACUCCGCCACCGUCCGCAGCCUCUCCGGCAAGCCUCUCACCCUCCGCGUGUCCGUCUACACGGGCCGCAUGGGUCGCACUUGUGGUGUCACGUGCGGGAAACUCAUCGGCCGAGUCCGCGUCAGCAUUAAUCUCGACGGGGCUGAGUCGAGGGUCGCCGUGUUUCAGAACGGUUGGAUGAAGCUCGGGAGUGAACCGGACAAGCCGACCGCUCGGUUGCACUUGACGGUUCGGGCUGAACCGGACCCUCGGUUUGUUUUCCAGUUCGGGGGCGAACCGGAGUGUAGUCCGGUGGUUUUUCAGAUUCAGGGGAACAUAAGGCAGCCGGUUUUUAGCUGCAAGUUUAGCGCUGACCGGAAUGCCAGAUCACGCAGAUCUCUCCCAUCAGAUUUUACUACCAACAACACCACUAGAGGAUGGCUGAGAACCUUUUCAAGCGAAAGAGAAAAACCGGGAAGGGAGCGAAAGGGAUGGAUGAUUAUAAUCCACGACCUCUCUGGCUCCCCUGUUGCGGCUGCCUCUAUGAUCACUCCCUUUGUGCCUUCCCCGGGAUCUGAUCGUGUCUCACGAUCGAACCCCGGUGCUUGGCUCAUCCUCCGGCCCCAUGGAUACUCCGUCAGCAGUUGGAAACCCUGGGGCCGCCUCGAGGCUUGGCGAGAGAGAGGGCCUAUCUAUUGCUUGGGCUACAAAUUCGAGCUUGUUGCAGACACUGGCCUCACUAGUGGAAUCCCCAUCGCUGAAGGCACAAUGAAUGUGAAAAAAGGUGGGCAGUUUUGCAUUGACAGUCGACUUCAAGAUUCCGCGUUGAGUUCGUUGUCGCCAGUUCGAGGAUUCGUGAUGAGUUCAACGGUGGAAGGUGAAGGGAAGGUGAGCAAGCCUACGGUUCAAGUGGGGGUGCAACAUGUGACUUGUAUGCCUGACGCUGCUCUGUUUGUCGCUCUUUCAGCUGCCAUUGAUCUCAGUAUCGAUGCUUGUCGUCUUUUCUCACAUAAGCUUAGGAAGGAAUUUUUGCACGCGCAACAAGAAUCCUUUUCUUGAAACAAUUUUGUUUUGAAAAUUCUCUCUUCAUUUGCAGUGAUAACCAAUGAGUCACUACUCGCUCGCUUAUGGUUUGAGCAUUGAAGACAUUUCCAUCCCCCCCACCCCAAUUCUUUCACCCUGAUUUUUUCGUAUCCAAAUAUUAGAUUUUUUUGUUUGCUUUUGGGGUGAAUCUAGUCUUGAUUGUUUAUUUGUGAUUCUUGUUUCUUGUAUUUUCUUGUUGGUUUUGAUUUAUAGUUUGGGAAUUUUCUCUGGAAAAAUCUUGGUACAAGAUUGUUUUAUGUAUAAGUUUUUUUAUUGACUGACUGAAACUGUACAGGAAAAAUGCUUGGGAGCACUAAUUAGUGCUCUCACUAAUUAGGUGGCAGUGGGUCCUGCCAUUAAUGA